CCUGCAUCGCGAUCGACUUCCCUUCGACUGUGCGAGCAGCGUCUGAUUGACUUCCACACAAAAACCUGCAACGGAAAUCAAAGGCAAUCUUGUGUCGAGACGGGGAGAAAGACUCCGACCGUUGCGCGGACAAGUGAAGCUAGUAACGCUAGUACUCUCUUGGAGCAGGGGAUUCUCCGCGAAGUGGUUGUGGUUUACGAGAAGAUGAAUCGAGAAGGCGAGGGUCGUGACGUAACAGGUGAAGAUUCUUCAUCCGGCCUCCGCCGCUUCGAUCUGGCGGCUAUUUUCACACCCCAGGACGCGGGAAACAGCGAACAAAACGGAAAUGUUACACCAGCAGAGUUCUUCCACUCAGAGCAUGCGAACGAAGAACAAACUCCGCAAGAACAGCACGGAAGCGUUUCUGAUGUAGUACCGAAGUCCUGCAAGAUUAUGAGCGACGAUGAAGCACAAAACGGAAUGGACGAUGACUCGAGCAGCUACAACAAAACCAAAACCGUCGUCAGAGCCAGUUGUACUACAAGAAGUGCAACAACUCGCAGCCGGGUCUGUUGUUUCUUCUCGACGAUGAACCAAGAUUUUUUCUCUUCUACCUCCCAGGAGACCACGGCGCGGGGACCGGCACAGUGGCAC